AUGGUAAUCAAAGAAGAAUUUCUGAGAGAAAACGGUUACGAAGAACGACAAGUCUCACGCAGUGACUUCCCUUCCGACUUUGUCUUUGGAGUCGCCACUUCCGCUUAUCAGAUAGAAGGUGGUAGCAACGAGGGUGGUAGAGGUCCUUGUAUAUGGGAUGCCUUUACCCACACUGAAGGAAAAAUACUUGACAAAAGCAACGGUGAUGUAGCAGUUGAUCAUUAUCAUCGGUAUUUGGAAGAUAUUGAUCUUAUAGCCAAGUUGGGUUUUAGCGCUUACAGAUUUUCACUUUCCUGGUCUCGUAUUUUCCCUGAUGGCUUAGGAACCAAAGUCAAUGAUGAAGGGAUAACAUUUUACAACAACAUUAUUAAUGCUCUUCUUGAAAGAGGUAUUCAACCUUUUGUAACUUUGUACCAUUGGGAUCUUCCGCUGCAUCUUGAUGAGUCAAUGGGAGGAUGGUUGAAUAAAAAAAUCAUAGAAUAUUUUGCACUCUAUGCAGAUACUUGCUUUGCAAGUUUUGGUGACAGAGUGAAAAACUGGAUCACUAUCAACGAGCCCCUUCAAACUGCAGUUAAUGGAUAUGAUGCUGGAAUCUUUGCCCCUGGAAGAUCUGAAAAUAGAUCAGUAGAGCCGUACUUGGCAGCACAUCAUCAAAUCUUGGCCCAUGCAGAAGCUGUUUCCAUUUACCGAAUCAAGUACAAGGAUACGCAAGGGGGGCGAGUAGGACUGGUAGUAGACUGUGAAUGGGCUGAGCCUAACUCUGAUAAGAUUGAAGAUAAAUCCGCUGCUGCAAGACGCCUAGAUUUUCAGAUUGGCUGGUUCUUGAAUCCACUGUAUUAUGGAGAGUAUCCUGAAGUUAUGCGCGAACGACUUGGAGACCAGCUUCCUAAAUUCUCAGAGGAGGAUAAGAAAUUUCUUUUGAAUUCGUUGGACUUUAUUGGUCUAAAUCACUAUACAACAAGGUUAAUUUCACAUGUACCAGAAUGCACUGGAGAAAGUCAUUACUACAACGCACAGGAGAUGGAGAGAAUCGUGGAAUGGGAAGGUGGCCAGCUCAUUGGUGAGAAGGCAGCAUCAGAGUGGCUAUACGUUGUUCCUUGGGGUCUUCGGAAGGUUAUUAAUUACGUAUCACAAAAAUAUCCUGCUCCAAUAUAUGUCACAGAAAACGGUAUGGAUGAUGAAGAAGAUGAUAGUUUGCCACUGCAUGAGAUGCUUGAUGACAAACUAAGAGUUCGCUAUUUCAAGGGAUACCUUGCGUCAGUUGCUCAGGCUAUAAAGGAUGGAGCAGAUGUGAGAGGAUACUUUGCAUGGUCAUUACUGGACAACUUUGAAUGGGCUCAAGGAUAUACCAAACGCUUUGGAUUGGUUUAUGUAGAUUACAAAAACGGACUCACUAGGCACCCAAAAUCUUCUGCAUAUUGGUUUUCACGGUUUCUGAAAGAUAGAGCAAACAAGGAGGGUAAAGAAGAGUAG